CCAUCCUCAUUCAAAUAAAGCCCACUCUCCUCCAAAUAUUUCUCACAAAAUACAAUAAUUUAUUAAUUUGAAAAAUCAAGCUCUGAAAAUUCAAACGCCUCCAUUGAUUCUCAGUGAGAAUUUCUCACCUCUCGGCAGUUCUUCUAUUGAAUCAUUGAAGCUGAAUUUUAGCUACAUAUAUACUUGAAGAACAGCUGUACCGUUCAGAGAUAAUCGUAUUACUGAUUUUUUUGUUAAGCAGAGUGAGGCGGUUCAAUGGCGGCUUCUUCGUCUAGAGGGAGAAGUAGCUCGCCGUUUCACUACCGUAAGUCAUCGAGUCCGUACUCGUCUACUUCGUCCUCAUCAUCUUUCAUGAACAGUAGGCUCAUGCCGAAAUCAUGUUCGUCCACGGCGACGUCGUUUUUCGGCUCUGGAACUGGCUUCAGCUCCAAAUCCAUGACUCCGAGCCGGGACCGGACUGAUUCGGCGUAUUCUCGCGGUUACGGAAAUCGUACGCCGGUCAAUUUUCAGUCAACGGAGGAGUUGCUUGCUGAGCCAGUGGAUAUGUCCAGAGCGGGAGAGAGUAUUUCGGUCACAGUUAGGUUUCGGCCAAUGAGCGAACGAGAAUAUAACAAAGGCGAUGAAAUUGCGUGGUAUGCUGAUGGUGAUAAAAUUGUACGGAACGAGUAUAAUGCUGCAACAGCUUUUGCAUUUGAUAGAGUUUUUGGACCUGAUACAUGUACACAGGAGGUUUAUGAAAUUGCUGCUCGACCUGUGGUAAAGGCUGCAAUGGAGGGCGUAAACGGCACAGUAUUUGCUUAUGGUGUUACAAGUAGUGGAAAGACACACACUAUGCAUGGUGAUCAAAGUUCUCCAGGUAUAAUUCCGCUCGCAAUAAAGGAUGUUUUUAGCAUUAUUCAAGAUACUCCUGGACGUGAAUUCUUACUUCGUGUAUCAUAUCUUGAAAUCUAUAAUGAGGUUAUCAAUGACUUGCUGGAUCCAACAGGACAGAAUUUGCGUAUUAGGGAAGACACCCAGGGUACUUAUGUUGAAGGUAUAAAGGAGGAAGUUGUUUUGUCACCUGGGCAUGCUCUUUCUUUUAUUGCUGCUGGGGAAGAGCACCGCCACGUUGGUUCAAAUAAUUUUAAUCUGUUGAGUAGCCGCAGUCACACAAUAUUCACCUUGAUGAUUGAAAGUAGUGCCCAUGGUGAUGAAUAUGAUGGUGUGAUCUUCUCACAGCUUAGCUUGAUUGAUCUAGCUGGAUCUGAGAGCUCUAAAACUGAAACUACAGGAUUACGACGAAAAGAAGGCUCAUACAUAAACAAAAGUCUCCUGACUCUUGGAACUGUCAUUGGAAAAUUAAGUGAAGGGAGUGCAUCUCAUGUUCCGUAUCGAGAUUCUAAACUUACUCGCCUACUACAAUCUUCACUUAGUGGGCAUGGACAUGUUUCUCUCGUAUGCACUGUUACUCCUGCUUCAAGCAAUAUGGAAGAAACCCAUAAUACGUUAAAGUUUGCAAGCAGGGCAAAGCGUGUUGAGAUUUAUGCAUCACGCAACAAGAUUAUUGAUGAGAAGUCACUGAUUAAGAAAUAUCAGAAAGAAAUAUCUUGUCUCAAGCAAGAGCUUGAUCAGCUAAGAAGGGGGAUGCUUGUAGGAGUCAAUCAUGAAGAACUUAUUACCCUGAAACAGCAGUUGGAAGAGGGACAAGUGAAGAUGCAGUCAAGGUUGGAGGAGGAAGAGGAUGCCAAGGCUGCUCUACUGAGCCGGAUACAGAAGCUAACUAAACUGAUCCUUGUUUCUUCAAAGAAUUCAAUUCCUGGGUGUUUGGGGGAUGUUGCUGUACAUCAGAGGAGUCAGUCUGCUUCUGAAGAUGAUAAGUUGGAUUGUUCUGUGCUCGUUGAUAGCGAGAAUCAGAGAGAUCCUUCAUCAGAGACUUCUGAUGUUGAACACAGAAGAUCUUCAAGCAAGUGGAAUGAUAAUAUCUCCCAGGCUGGAAGUACGAUUACUGAAUCAACUCAGAAAGGAGUUCCAAUGUCAGAUCAGAUGGACCUCCUUGUUGAGCAAGUUAAGAUGCUUGCUGGAGAGAUUGCAUUUAGUACGAGUACAUUGAAAAGAAUGAUGGAGCAGUCUGCGAAUGAUCCUGAGAAUUCAAAAACUCGUACUGAAAUUCAAAGUUUGGAGUGUGACAUUCAAGAAAAGAGAGAGCAGAUGAGGAUCUUAGAACAGCGCAUUGUUGACAUUGGUGAAGCAUCAGUCACCAGUGCAUCUUUAGUUGAAAUGCAGCAGACUUUGCUGAAGCUGAUGACACAAUGUAGUGAACAGGGCUUUGAGCUUGAGAUAAAAUCAGCAGACAAUCGGAUUCUCCAGGAAGAGCUGCAGAACAAGUGUUUAGAGAACAAGGAACUGCAGGAAACUAUUUGUAAUCUUGAGCAGCAGCUAGCCGCACUGAAGGUGGAAAAGUCAUACCCCUCAUCAGAACAACAGGGUGUAUCAGACGAGUAUAUUGAUGACCUUAAGAAGAAAAUUCAGUUGCAGGAUAUUGAUAAUGAUAAGUUGAAGUUGGAACUUGUUCAGAGUGUAGAGGAGAACAGUGGAUUGCGAGUACAGAACCAGAAAUUGUCUGAAGAAGCCUCAUAUGCAAAAGAAUUGGCAUCUGCUGCUGCAGUAGAACUGAAAAAUUUGGCUGGUGAGGUGACAAAGCUAUCGAUACAGAAUACAAAACUCGAGAAAGAGUUGUUGGCUGCUCGCCAAAUAUUGAAUUCUAGGAAUUCCAUAGCACAAACUGGUAGUGCUCGUUGCGGAAAGCAUGGUGAAAACCUAUGGCAAGGACGUAGAGGUCGGGUUUCUGGACGAGAAAUUGAAAUUGCUGGAGUUGUUCGUGAUGGGUUUGGCCCAUGGAAUCUGGAUCAUGAAGAUUUAAAAAUGGAGUUGCAGGCAAGAAAACAAUGUGAGGCAGCUCUGGAGGCUGCUUUGGUUGAGAAGGAAAUACUGGAAGAUGAGUACAAGAAAAAGGUUGAAGAGGGAAAAAAAAGGGAGGCAGCUCUGGAAAAUGAUUUAGCAAAUAUGUGGGUGCUUGUUGCUCAGCUUAGGAAAGAGAAUGGUGCCAUGCAAGAUUUAAAGACAGUAGCAGAAAAGCAGAAUGUUCGAGGAGACAAUAGGAAUGAUCCAAAAGUGAAUGAUAGUGAGUACAGUGACCCCAUCCUCGAUGAUGGCCGGACCAUGGAUCAUGCAACUGCAGUUGCAGAGAUUCUCAAGGAAGACAUUCUUGUUGCCCGCUUGAAGGCUCGAAUGCAAGAGAUGAAGGAAAAGGAACACAGAUAUUUGGGAAAUGUUGAUGCAAAUUCACAUGUAUGUAAAGUCUGUUUCGAAUCACCAAGUUCUGCGAUGCUCCUUCCUUGCCGACAUUUUUGCUUGUGUAAAUCUUGUUCCCUUGCCUGUGCCGAGUGUCCAAUCUGUCGGACUAAAAUUACAGAUAGAAUUUUUGCUUAUACUUGAGAUGGCAUCUGAAGUGCUCGAAAGGUGGUGAAAGGAGGGUUCUCUUCAAUCUUGUGAAGCUCCUUUUCUCAUGACAUUCUUUACAAGGUUCAACUGUAUGUAAUGUCAAAGUGGUACCUCUUUUUUUUUUUUUUGUCCACCAAGUAACUGUAAAUUAAGAAAAAUAGGUGCUACAAAAGGAAACAGACGAAAAUUAGUAAAUUUGAAUUCAGUGAGUUGCUGCUGGCAUAGUUUGAUCUCCUUGAGCGCAAGGCAUUGUAUAGGACACAAGCUACAGUCACAAUUUUGAGAUGUCUGUAAAUGUUUGAGCUUGUACAUCAAUCGAUGACUAUAAUCUGGUUCUCUUUGUGCCUA